CUAGUAUAAAAUGAUUGUCAGGCUUACUUGGAAUUACUUAUCUUUUGAAACACAGAGAAGUCAGAAUGAAAAUUGUCAUCUCCACUGUCGCCAUCUUGGUUUGCCUUUGUGGCAUGAAGGGAAUUCUUGCCGACGAUUAUUAUAGCGGAAGUUACGGUGGAAUCGGAGGAGGAUACGGCCAAAGCUACGGAAAUGGUGGAUACGAUCAAAGCUACGGCAGCAGUGGAUACAGUAGCUACGGAAAUAGCGGAUACGGAAGUAGCUACGGAAAUAGCGGAUACGGAAGUAGCUACGGAAAUGGUGGACACUUAGGAGGUUACUCCGGCUAUGGAAAGGGCUAUUCUGGUUACGGAAAUGAAGGUCACCACGGAUAUGGCAAAAAGGGGGGUUACGUAGACGAAACAAUCCAUUAUUUACCCCAACCAAUUCCAAUUAUUGCUCCUUCUACUUUGAUGGGAGGCGGAAUCGGAGGUGGUAUCGGUGGCGGUCUCGGAGGUGGUAUUGGUGGUGAUGGAUUAUCGUCAAUCCUUCCACUCCUUUUAUUGGUACCAUUCUUGUUCAAUAACAACAACAACAAUUAAACAGUUUAACAUUAUUAUGAAUUUCAAACCAUAUUUUAGAGAGAAGAGACAAUACCUGAAUAAUCGUGUGAAUGCAGUGAAUGGAACAGUGUGAUAAAGCUAACACGACAAUUCCACAAUGCUGAAUGAAUGUGAAAAGAUUGCAUUGUAAUCUGUUGAUUGUAGUGAGAAAAGAUUUCAUUGUAAUCUAUUGAUUGUUAAUUUAUAUUUGUUAUUAAAAAUUGUAAACAAUA